AUGUCGUCGUCUCGGGCGGUGACGUGUAUGGAGUUUAACCCAAAGGACCCGCACACGCUGAUGAGCGGCCUGGCCACUGGAGAGGUGGGCGUCUGGGACAUCAGGGACGGCGCGGCGCUGGCGCUGCACAGCACCCUGCUGUACAGCCACCGGGCGCCUGUGGCUUUGGUGCAGGUCAUACACUCCAAGACUGGAAACGAAUUCUUCUCCACUUCCUACGACGGACAGGUUAUGUGGUGGGACAUGCGCACGCUCAGUGAGCCUACAGAAAAGCUGAUCCUAGACCCCGAGAAGGGCGAACAGGACAUCAGCAGGGCCUCGGGCGCUUCCUUCCUAGAGUACGAACCUACGAUCCCGACUCAGUUCAUGGUGGGCACGCAGAUGGGCGAGGUGUGUGACGAAGCGCUGACGUGCCUCAGAGUGCACGACCAGGGCCUGCACGUUGCUGUGGGCAACUCUCUCGGGACAGUCAACCUGAUCGAAUUGUCUGAGAAUUUAGCUGACGCGCCCAAGAAAGAAAGGGGAAUUUUAGCUACCAUGCUGGAACGAGAAUGCCAUCGCGAGAAAAUAUUGGACGCCAAAGUACGUGAACAGAAGUUGAAACAGAAACUUAAAGGGAGGGAGGAUGAAUCAAGAAUGUUGGUUGGGGCUGCUGCUACGGCUGCUGAAGAAGCAAGAGUGGAAAAAUCUGAAAAGAAGUUCUUCGAAAUUAUUGACACGGUAAAUAUUUCUCUUAGCCAUUUGAGUGCGUAA